AUAAUUAGUUGUGAAAUGUACCUCGUGAAUAGAGGAUAUGAGUAUGUAAUUCAUGCAUGAAGAGAUCUGGGUCAUGCCUUGGAAACCAUUCACAAUAUUAUGAUCCAUGAGGACAUAAACUUGUGAGGGGCAACCAAAACGUGCAAACUAUUAGGAAAUUACCCUCUUUGCCGUGGGCAAGCAUUUUGGUGUUAUUACCUUGUUAUGAUUACUAGCAGGUGAUAGGUAAAUGUAUAAUUAGUUGUGAAAUGUACCUCGUGAAUAGAGGAUAUGAGUAUGUAAUUCAUGCAUGAAGAGAUCUGGGUCAUGCCUUGGAAACCAUUCACAAUUAUUAUGAUCCAUGAGGACAUAAACUUGUCAGGGGCAACCAAAACGUGUAAACUCUUAGGAAAUUACCCUCUUUGCCGUGGGCAAGCAUUUUGGUGUUAUUACCUUGUUAUGAUUACUAGCAGCAUGUGUUAUCUGUCCUGCCUUACUUAAUUAUUUUCUUACCCGGCAUCCCGAUCCAUUCCCCAAAUUUACAAAUUGCGUUCCAUGCGUAUGAUGUUGUAUACCAAAAAAUGUGCCAUAAUACAAUAUUCUCGAUUAAUAAGUGUGUUUUUACUGAGUAACCAAGACAAUUAAAUACCAUAAAAAUAGAACUUUCUAAGUCUUGUAACAUUUUUCUGUGACUUGCAGAAACAACAGGUUGCCAUACAUUUUUAGAACUAAAAGUGUUUUUUUUAGAUGGUCAUUUCUUUUCAGAAAGGAAAUAUAAUUUAUUUUUAAAAGUUAUACUCAAGAGGAUGAUAGUGUUAAAAACAUUCACUCUUAACUCUUAUACAAUUUGAGGUGUGAAAGACGGAUCAGAAAAAAAGUUAGUUAUAUAUGUGGAUAAAGUCAAUAUUCCUUUUCGAAUAAUAAAUAAAUAGUUUUACAAUUGAAAAGAUCUUCGUUUCUUAAGUAUAAAUAGGUAAUAAAAAAAAUCGAUUUUUGAGGGGUUUGUUUGAUUCCGAGCAUGUCGCAUGAAAAGAUAAUCAUUAGUUUCAAUAGAUUCAAUGUUUUCAGGAAUCAUAAAGUCUUGGACAAUUUCUUACAUUGGUACAAGGGCCGUUUGCACCAAGUUAAGCUAAAACAUCCUCUCACUUCUUAAUAAUUGAAUUCUCUUGUAAAACAGUGUUUGUUUGGGGCAAAACUGCUGACUUUUGAGAAGACAUACAUUUAAAACGGAAGCCAGGAACAAUAAAUACCAAGUGCAACUAUGAAAGGAUCGGAUAGAAAAUAACAAGUUUUACGUACCUGUUCUGCACUAAUGUUUCCACUAAAAGAGCUGACCCUACAACCUUUCGUUUCUUUCCUUGCUGGGCAAGUCAAAUUCGAAGUUUUUAUUUCUAAGAAUUGAUAAUUCUUUAAACUAUUUGGUUGAUUUCUUUUAUUCAAUAUAUAUGUGUGAUAUGCUUAUGUGUAGACUUAAGGUAUCCACACUAAAACUGCAGAAAACAGCUUUAAUAAAAUCUGGAUAAAAGUUGCCAGAGAAGAAAAUAUCAGUUGUUCUUGACGUAUGUCAAAUGUUCUGGAGCGGUUGAAGAAGAUACUUGAGAGGUUGAUUUUAAUCCUCCGACACUAAUGGUCUAAAUUUUAGGUCGUUUGGUCUUAAAAAUUUCAAGUUAUAUAAUUAGAACUGCUUGGACAACGCUACUCACUAACUAGCUAAUUUUAUUUAAUUACAUUAAUUUCUUAUGAACAACCAAGUUUAUUAAUGCUCUAAAUUGUUUCUGAUUGAAACAAUAUAUAGUUGUAUUAAUAAAGGCUUUUGUAACUAAACAUGCGCAUUAGCUUCUCAAGUGCUGCAAAUAUGACUGGUUGAGUGGGACCUAUGAUUGCUUGACUGCACUAUUGAUUCAGUGCUAUCUCCCUAGCACAUAAGUAGACAAGACAGGAUACUAUGUCUUUAAGCAUGCCAUGAGGAAAAGUUAGAUGUUCUUCUUGUGACCUACUUUCUACUAACACAUAUGAUGCACAGACGUAGCUCAAGUACCAACUGCCAAAAAAUAUGUUAAGUGUAACCUUCUAUCUUCAGUUCAUAUGAUAAGAACAAUGGUGGGUGGGUUAUAUAUAUACCAGUGAGUAAAAGUAAACUAAUUUUUGUCAUUUGGUUUUAAACCUUUUACAUACUUGUAUCGUAUAUAUAAUUAUGCUAAAAUAUUACCACUGCUGAUGAAUGUAUUGAAGGCCUACUGUGUGUUUUAUGAAAUUGAUAAAAAGUAAGGAAGUGUAUAAUUCAUUGAUUGUUUUUUCUGACAUCCUGCUGUUAUGCAACAAUUAAUAUGUGAAAUUUAUUGAUGCCUUUAUAAAAAGACAAAGUAUGCUUUAUCUUGUUGGACUUGGACUUGGUGAUUCAAAAGAUAUAACAGUAAAAGGUCUUGAGAUUGUCAAGAAAGCUCACAAAGUAUUUUUAGAGGCAUAUACAUCAAUCUUAAAGGGUGGAAAAGAGGAACUGGAAACUUUUUAUGGAAGAGAAGUUGUUUUAGCAGAUCGUACUCUGGUAGAAGAAGAAGCUGAUGAAAUUCUAUCACAAGCGAAAGAAAAUGAUGUUGUAUUCUUGGUUGUUGGUGACCCAUUUGGUGCCACCACACACACAGAUUUAAUCAUUAGAGCCCGCAAGAAAGAAAUUCAAUACAAAGUUGUGCACAAUGCUUCCAUUAUGAACGCUGUUGGUUGCUGUGGACUACAGCUUUACAAUUUUGGAGAAACAGUAUCUAUAGUGAUGUGGUCAGAAAAUUGGAAACCAGAUAGUUUUUACGGUAAAAUAAUUGAGAACAAAAAGAGAGGUUUGCAUACUCUUUGUUUAUUGGACAUAAAAGUUAAAGAACAGACUAUCGAAAAUAUGAUAAGAGGAAGGAAGAUUUACGAGCCACCUUGCUACUUAACUGCGCAGGACGCGAUGCAACAAUUACUGUAUGUUUCGGAUCGAAGACAUGCGGAAAAUAAAGAAUGCAGUAGCAAUAAGCGAAGACUGUUAUGCUGUCAUACUUGCGCGUGUGGGAUGGGAUGAUCAAAAAAUAGUAACUGGAAAAAUAUCCACUUUGCUGAAUGCCGAUGUUGGUCCUCCUAUUCAUUCUUUAGUUAUUCCUGGAGAAAUGCAUUUUUUAGAGAAUGAUAUGUUAAAGUUGUUUGCAGUGAAUAAAGAAGAUUUUUAAAGCAGAUGAUCAGAUUACAUGUGCUGUCACGCGGUUCUAUCACUUGAUGACAUCACGUCGGAAAAUUAAAAAAAGUCAAUCAGAUAUGUAUCGUACAAAA